AUGCCUGAACAAUCACCAUUUCUUGGAGACACGUCACUUCUCCUACAUGAGCAGCCGUCAUUGCGACCUAAUUAUGAGAGCACUACCGUCUUCUCGACACGACUAACGGAACAGAUUUUACAGAUCCCAAGUCUUGUAUCGCUGCCCUCGGAGCUUGUUUUCCGCGCGUAUGCCGAUAUGUAUUUUGAACAUCUAAGCCACCGAUUUCCCGUUGUCCAGCGCGAAGACCUAGUUGUGGAGACACGAUCUACGCCACUUUGCCACGCUGUAUGUAUGGUGGGAUCCAUGCUUCGAUUCCCUAGGGGCCCAGCGCCGCUGGCAGAGAGCGAGCAAUACUACACAAUUGCAAAGACGUUGAUUCAUCUUGACUUCGAGAGCGAUUACAUGGCGAUAUUGAAGACUAUGUGUCUGUUAAUGACGUGGAACAUCAAGGGUCAUCUUAUCCUCACCUUCGACUGCGGCUGGCAGUGGCUCGGUAUGGCUUGCAGACUCCUCAGUCAGAUGGGAUUGCAUCUCAAUCGAACCUAUGCUCGAAUAGCCAACCCUAAAAUCGCGCGCAGAGUUACCUGGUGUAUCUUCAUACAGGAUCAACUUCUGUCAGCGACCAUGGGCCGCCCGACAGCGAUCAAACUGCAUGAGUUCAAUGUGGCGCCUCCCACGGCCGACGAUUUCGAGGCUGUCAACCGUCCGGCAGUCUUAUUUAUAGAACUCGCUAAGCUGGCGACUAUAUUGGGACGGAUACUAGACCUGCAGGCCAGGCGUCCUUCAAAUCAUCAAGAGCGCUGUCUUAUCGUUGAAUCUCUCAAGUCGUGGCUUGACGAUCUUCCAGAUGAAGCUCGAUUAUACGAUAGGUCGAACAACAGGAUCUAUCAUCGGGAUACUGCAGAAGCACACAUCAUGUACUUUGUCGUUGUGAUUACCUACCUCAAUCUGUUUGGGGAUCCAAGACCCUUUUCUGCCAGUAGUCUUGGAACUUUAGUGGCCUCAUCUUGUAUAAUACGUUUGUACCACGAGAUGUACAUACGAGACGACAUCAAUUUUCUUCUCGGCGGCAACACCUGGUACAUGAUGGUGGCAGCAGUCCCGCAGUUACGUUAUAGCGCCACACCUCGUCAGAGUGACAUGUGUGCUCAGGAGCUCGACAUUAUUGUGAAGGCCCUCGAGCACAUGCAGAUCAAAUUUGCUGCGGCUGUUCCGGUACUCAGUACGAUUAAUCGAUUGCGUGCUUCACCUACUCAGGUGAAAAUUCGAUCAGGUCCGCUCACUCCAUCAGAUGAGCGACACACAGACUACACUGCCUUUGAUAUGCAUGAUUUGCGGGGCCUUUUCCCGUUUCCAACAUCAUUCAGUCCGAGGCUAGAACUCACCCUUGCGGAUGGCUCAUCAUGGAUGAAUCUAGACAGUGUUGAGCCACCAUGGGCUCAUGAAGACUUUGGCGGCAUCUUUGACGAGCUUUGGGACACGUCACUGUUGCCAUUCGAGACUGAUGUGUAG